UGCCUCUCUCUCCUCCUGCUCUGCCCACUCUGCGCGCUCACCCCUCGCUGCGGAUCUCCCGAGCCUCUACCGCAGUCCAUCCGUCAUCCGCCGACACAGAGCCCGGAGAACCGAGCCCGCGAGACACGGAGCCUCACCCGGCGGCUGUUCACCCGUUUAAAACCCGGCCACCCUCCAUCUCCACCUUCCUCUUCCCCCGGAGAGAGACUCGCACCGCGGCGGCAGAAUGGGAAAUGAAGCAAGUUAUCCCUUGGAGAUGUGCUCGCACUUCGAUGCUGAUGAGAUUAAGAGACUAGGGAAGAGGUUUAAGAAACUCGACCUAGAUAACUCGGGUUCUCUCAGCGUGGAGGAGUUCAUGUCGUUGCCUGAGCUUCAGCAGAACCCUCUGGUCCAGCGAGUCAUCGACAUAUUCGAUACAGAUGGCAACGGAGAAGUGGACUUCAAAGAGUUCAUUGAAGGCGUCUCUCAGUUCAGUGUCAAAGGCGACAAGGAGCAGAAAUUGCGCUUCGCCUUCCGGAUUUACGACAUGGAUAAGGACGGCUACAUAUCGAACGGCGAGCUCUUCCAGGUGCUGAAGAUGAUGGUGGGCAACAACCUGAAGGACACGCAGCUGCAGCAGAUCGUCGACAAAACCAUCAUCAACGCCGACAAGGACGGAGACGGCAGGAUAUCGUUUGAGGAGUUCUGUGCGGUGGUCGGCGGUUUAGACAUUCACAAAAAGAUGGUCGUGGACGUGUGAACGGACAGAUGGCCCCUUCACCAAACGCCUCUCUCUCUUUCUUUCUUUUUCUCUCUCUCUUUAUCUAUCUUCCCUACUUUCUCUCUGCUCUCUCUCUUUCUCCCUCUUUUCCUCUCCAGCUUUCUUUUCUCUCUCCUUGCU